AUGGCUACGACGCCUUCAGUUCAGCGACCAAGAUUCAAUCCUUCGAAUUUAUCAUGUGUCAAUGAUGUCCACCCGCUUCACCACGACGUACCGUCGCUGCGCAAUUCAGAUUCCAAUCCUUUGCACUUCAGAUUCCAGUCAUUGGUUAGCUGUCCCGUAGAUGUCCCGCUUGAAUUGUUCGAGGCAGCUGUUUCGCAAUUGAUUCAUCACCCGGAAUACAAUUCGACAUUGAUCUUACGCUCAGAGACCAUCUCAGACUCCGAUACUACCAUCCCGACGUCUGUUCCAUGCCUGGAGGGAUACUACCCUGUACGCAAUGUACAUCGCAAGCUGCUACCGCGUAGGCCAGGUAGAGACUCGGGGCUAGAACAGCACUGUACGCUUUACGCCUUUGAAACCGGUGAAUUUACGGGUAUUCCGUCCAUGUUGGUUCUUACACCGCUUGUACCCGAAGGAGAGAGCCUGCCCUACUACCAUCCUACGGUGUCACAUCUUGCUUUCCGGUUCAUCCCUUCCAGCAUUACCACAACCUCAGAUUCAACUUCCGCACAAUCGGCACUGCGCAUUGAAGUUAUUCCACUCCCUGGCACGCCUACAGACCCAAACGGUCGCCUCUACCGUACGGCACUUGCACUCCUCGACACACUCCACCGUUACCUUUGGGGUGCACUCACUCAUUAUCAAAAACGCGUACAACAUGAUGUCCUCAUACCCCGAGAAAUAUAUCAAGACGUAUAUCUCAGAAUGCGCGAGCGCCAUAAAGGGAUAGUAAAUACAUGGAGGGAGUCCACUGAUCCCCUGAAGCAUGUGUUUGAGGACAUCGGCAUCGCAACAUAUCUUAUGCUUUUCUGGAAGGACAUGUUCGCCGCUUCAGCUGAUCUAGCCGACGUGAAGGAGCUGGAUAAUUCACGAUGGACAUCUUGGCCUCGUCCAUCUGGAGGAUUCCUUGAUCUUGGCUGUGGCAAUGGCUUAUUGACACAUAUUCUCUCGGCUGAAGGCUAUUCUGGAUAUGGUAUCGAUCUCCGCGCACGGACUUCCUGGGCACAUUACCCCAACUCAUCACAGGCAGCCUUAAAGGUGCACGCACUUGACCCCACUCAAUUUCUUUCCCCAGACAGCAGCAACGAUGAACAGAAAUCGCUUUGGGAGCCCGGAGUAUUCCUCAUUGGGAAUCACGCAGACGAAUUGACACCAUGGCUCCCUGUACUAGCAACGCUCACGGGUGCGAGCGGGUACCUCUCCAUACCCUGCUGUGCAUGGAUGUUCGAUGAGAGGUUUACUCGCUCGUCUGCGGCGUCAGCGCUCGAUUUGUUUAAUGAUGAAUCGCUUGACGCUGCCACUGGUGUGGUGUCAAGCGAGGCCGAGGACGAAGCUAUGUUCAUUUCCAGCCUCGGUAUGGGCGCUGAGGGCACGCACAAGUCUCAAUACUCAGCCUAUCGCAUUUGGCUUGCGCGUUUGAGCCGGUGGUUGGGCUGGAAGAUUGAGUGCGACACGCUCCGGAUACCUAGCACGCGGAACUGGGCGAUUGUAGGUCGCGAAAGGCUUCCAGGAGACCAGAGCAUUUUUGUAGAUCGAGCGAGAAGGAUUGUGGAGGAUGUUGUGCGUAGAGGAGCGUUUAAGACACGGACUCCAGAGGGAAAAGGACACGAUAAGGCGUGA